AUGCCGGAAAUCAUCCUUAAAGUCGCUGCCUCUGGGGCAGAGAUUGCCAGGCUGAAUGCGGAACCUCUGGAGUUGGUAUCCCGGCUCCGGUCUGCAGCGGCAGCCUAUGGCGGGCCGCCCGAGCUCAGGUGCGGCUUGCGUCUGAUGUUCGGUUCGCGGGUGUUGCGCGACCACGAGACGCUGGAAGCUUCGGGCCUUGCCGGGGGUGGGUCCGUAGAUGUGGUGAAGGUGCCAUCGCUGGAGCUCUGGCGUGAGGGUAAGGUUGCCUGGAACUCCAUUAACGUACCUGUAGGUGGGCCGCUGUGCAUAGGCCUCACUGUGCGGCAACUUGCUCGCGAUCGGCUCCUGGCCUUCCCUGCCCACCCCGCCUGGCGGCAUUACCUCCCCCGUACAGAGGACGAAGCAUCUGAAGCAUCCUGUGGGAUGUUCUCCGGGUGCUUCCCCCCCGCACCUGCUGUGGAUGAGUACAGUGAUUCCAUCGGCAAGUAUGUGGUCAAGCAUUUCGAGCCGUCAGACGUGUGGCUCAUUGGCGCGUCUGAGCAAUCAGCAUCGGACGUGUUUGUCCAGACAGACAGAGGCUACAUCAGUGCAAGACGGAUCCCUUUGCCUUUGGCAGAUGCGAGUCAGGCCAUUCAUGCAUUUAAGUUUCAAGAUGAAGUUGCCACCGUGCUCUUGGCUCCGGGUCGAUCGGGUGAUGCCAUGGAGGACCUUCAAGGCCGUGGAAGUUAUAGGAACAGCAUCUCAGAGAAGCUUCGCCAGGCAACAACAGCAAGGGAAACCACGAGUCCGGGCAUUCAGCACAUGUCACAUCAUGACCUGCGAGAUGGCGUGCUGCAGAAAUUCCGCCUCCAUGGCAUAGCAGAAGAUGAUUUCUCCAAGGUGCACUUCGAGCUGGAGGGUAGCCCAAGAGAGUUUAAGUUUGCGCUGCCGGCUGUGACCCAUAUGGAGAAGGCUCAUGCUUACAAGUCUGCGAUGGAGAAGUUCGAUUGGCAGGACGGUGAGCAAUCUGGUGGCCGACUAAAGGUGGCCCAAGGAUGUGUGUCCAAUGCCUUGGAGGAUUACGCUGCCGGUCGGGAUCGCUGUGGCCAAGUUGUGGCAAGGCUUCCUGAGGGAUGGCAGUAUGGUCAGGAGGUGUACGACUUCGAAGUAUGCCAGCUCUCAGAUGGCAAGCCGAAGCAGUUAGCCAAGUGGAGGGCCCAAGGACACGUGAACGAUCAUUGCCAAUGCCUCGGGGAUCGCCUCAUGCUCUUUGCUGGCUCUCAUGCUGGAGAAGAUGCCUUCUACGAGGAAAUGCAGUUGAUCGACUGGCAGACGCAAGAAGUGAUCCGAAAAAUCCCCCUCCGCUUUACACCUCCAUAUAUCGAGACUGAGUGGGGCCGCGGGAUCCUGAACGGAAGCACGCAAACCUUCUUUGUGUCGUUUACAGAGUACGGUGCUGCUGAGGAUACUAGCACUUUCGCCUUUGCCACUCCAGAGAUGUGA